AGCAUAUGAACCCACCUAGACGAUCCACUUUGAAAAAGUAAGUAUCAUCUGAAUUUUUAUCAGUCAGAACAGUUUAUUAUACUAUGUGUGAAAGAGUAAUUAUCACAGCAAAUGAAGGAAAAAUCCGAGGAAUUUUGAAAACAUCCGAAUAUUCGGAAACAUCAUUUUAUUCUUUUUACGGAGUACCUUAUGGCGAACCACCCAUAGGAAACUUGAGAUUCAAGGAUCCAGUUAAAGUCAAGCCUUGGAGAAGAAUUUACGAUGCAACGAAGGAGAAACCUGGAUGUAUACAAUAUUCAUUACUGAAUCAUAAUUUUUGGGGCACCGAGGACUGUUUGUAUAACAAUAUUCAUAUCCCAAAACUGCCGCAGAAAGAUGAGCCUUUGCGAGCCAUAAUCGUGAAUAUCCAUCCAGGAGCGUAUAAUUUUGGCACCCCUAACACCGAUCAGUUUGGAUCACCUGAUUUCAUUAUGCAUCACGACGUUGUUUACAUCUGCAUUGCGUAUCGGCUUCAUAUUUUAGGGUUUUUGAAUUUGGGAAUCAAAGAUUGCUCUGGAAAUCAAGCUAUUAAAGAUAUAAUCUUAGGUCUUCGAUGGAUCAAAAGUAAUAUAAAAGCAUUUGGAGGUGAUCCUGAUAACAUAACUGUGAUAGGAAGCAGCACAGGAGCAAUACUUAUCAAUAUUUUAAUGUUAUCUCCCGCAGCAAAAGAUUUAUUCCAUAAAGCUGUUCUAAUGGGUGGUUACGUAUGCAAUCCUGUUAUGCCUCAUCAAAAUUCAAACCAAGAGUACGCUUAUGAACUCGCCAAACUGCUCGGAUGCACUAAAAAUGUCCACGAUCACAAACAACUGCUUGCAUAUUUGAAAUCACUGCCUGCAGUUUUACUCAUACAGUACUUGAGAGCAUGUCAGAAGAUUGUACAAAAUACAUUAGCGCCAAUAUAUCCGAUGGGUAUUUUCUCACCAACCUUAGACCACGAAUCGGGUAUUUUGCCAGAAUCUCCAAGGAACCUUUUGCAGUCGAUGGCUAAAAUACCAAUCAUGGUGGGAUUCUGUGAAAGGGAAUCUAUCUUAGGAUUUUCUCGAGGAGAACUGAGAAGGGAGACAGAAGAAAACUUUAAAACAUCAUUUUGUCAAAACUGUUGGAGUUGGGGAACUCAUUUGGACGAAAAAGACAUCCAAUUCAUCAACCAAGAAGUCGAAUCGUUCUACACGCAGGGAACGCCUAUCGAAGAAGCUCCUUUAUCUUUGAAAGUAGAUAUACAAACAGAUAUAACAAUGUCCGAUGUUUACGAAACCCUGAUUGAUAUCAUAGCAGCAGAUUCUCUAUCUUCGGUAUUCGUGUAUAAAUUCGAAUUUGAAGGCGCCAUUGCUACAACAAAAACAAUACUAUUGCAGCAGUCAGUCCUAGAAGAGGAUCUGAAAGGCACAUAUCACAAUUGCGAUUAUUUUUAUUGGAAUCGAAGGAGUGACCCUGAAAAUGUGGAAACUCGUGAAAUGGUCGAUACAUUCACCAAACUCGUAACUACUUUCGCAAAAACUAGUGAUCCCAAUAAUGAAAAUAUACCAAUCCGUUGGAUACCAUCAACACUGGGAGAACCCUGUUAUCUGAGUAUAAGCAACCCAAUCAAAAUGGUAGAUGGGAAACUGAACAAUGAAAGAUUAGAAUUUUGGGACCGUAUUAAACAACAGAUAAAAAAAACAAAGAAUGUGAAGAUCAUCAAAGAAGAGAACGGGGCUGUGAAAUCCUAAAUCAAACAAAAAACCAAUAAAAUAAAAUGGUUUCAUUUUAUAGAAAAUUGUUCACGAAUGGCGCACAUUCCCCCCUUUUUUCCCAACAAAAUGGCCAUUUUUUUCAAAUUAUCAGCACACAACUGAUGUAUUCAGUUUUCAAGAUUUACCGACUAGAUUUGUGAGCUUCGAAAGGGAGGCAGGGGAGAGAAAAAAAUCGAAAGGAAGACCAACUGUAGAUACCCCAUCAGCCCACAUACAAAAUGAAUUAUCCGCUUAAAAUUCAAAUUUUUUCGAAAUUUGUCAACUCACGAAAAAUUUAGAAAUCUGAUUUGGGUACUUGAUUAUUACGUACAAUAAAUCUGAGAGAACAGGAUAAGCUGAAAUUCUAGAAAUAAGUACCUACUUAUGGUCUAUUUUAAAUUAUUGUUCUAAAACUGCGAAUUCAAAAAUCUGCUGCUGAAAACUCCAGGGCAGCUGAUUGAGAUACCUACUGCAUAGAUAAUUGUACCCAAAAGAGACCAAAAAAAAUGUGUCUUUUUUUCAAAAAUAACACAACUUGGACAAUUCUUUUAAAAUUGUCGUAAAAAUAAAGUAAUCGCGUAUUUCAACUUAA